AUGCUUGAGACUGAUACCUUGAUGAGAGCUGAGCCUCUGCCAGUCGGCUCAUUUGAAAAGCCCUGGGAUGAAUCUUGUGGACGGGUAGUCGGCCCUGUCCCACAGACGUCCACCCAGCACGAUCCUGAUUUUGACACCGAACCUGUUAUCUGCUGCGGUACCUCUUCUGGAAAUAAAUCAAAGCCAUUGCCUGCCUCACGUCCCAACACAUCGCAUACGAUCUCUGAUGAUUCCUCCGGUGGCUCUUGUGGUAGCCCCUGCUCUUCCCACAGGAGCUGCAACACUUCUUCUCCCGGCAGAUAUGACAUAUCAUCUAAACACAACUCUGACACCAAGUCUCACACCUUGUGUGACGCUGCCCGGGUGGAGAAAUUCAACACGCUCUGUCGCUCCAGCCCUAGCCACGAAGAGCCCAGGACUACAUCGACCACAGCCACCGAUCAUUCCCAUGUGUCCGUUACUCAGGAGACCCUUGAAACCUUGCCCAUGCCAGAGUCUCAUACCUCUAUUGAUAGCUGCAAAACGUCCAGUCAAUGUGACUGCGACCCUGAACCCGCAACCGUCGUUUCGUGUGAUAUGUCUUCUAUCGACGAUUCAAACACCCUCGAUGAUGUCGACUCGACCGAUAAAAGGCCCAAAGUAAAAUCUAGUACGGGUUCCGUUGACCUCUCCGAUGGCUUCUCUCCGAUGGCCGCCAAGGUCUUUUCGGAUGGAGUACCUGACAGCUGCUCCCUUGGCACCUGCGUCUCAUCAGUCGAGAACGACUCUGAGUCUGACCCAGAAGAAGAAAGACAUCCUAUGGGCUCCCAAAAUGAGGCGGCGUAUGCUUCUCCUAUUAGAGAUGGCCAGCGCGUUCGGACUAGCUGUGAUAGCAUCGAUGACACAGGCCGGUGGCAUGUUGAUCCAGAUGGGUUCAUUAACGAGAAGAAUCGUGCCGGAGGUCCGUAUCUCUGUUCACUGCCCGUCAAAAUGCUUGGGCUUAACGGUGUUGAUCCUUUAUGGACAAUGUUCCAAAACUUCAAGCUCAACGGGAUGAUCAUUUCAACUCUUACCCACUACAAAAUCAAUGCAAUCUCAAUGAAGAUCAAGAAAUGCCAAUAUGAUUUUGAUCCUGAGGUUCAGCGCAUGCCGAAUUUGCUCAUUACUGCAACUCGUGAUAAGUUCAGCGACGAUUGGGUGAACGCCUGCCGUGAAGUCUGGAAACAUCUAUCCGACAACGAGCUCGGUCACGUCAAUGUCGAAAUUGCAGACCCAGCUGUUCACAGUCUGCGCCCAUUUCGAGUGUGGACUAUAGGAUUAUGCGAGCCUCUUUACUCGGUUUAUCAUGAUGUGACGAGCAGAAUCUCUACGGAGGUGGAUCUUACGGGAUUUCUUUCCAUGUCAGGCCUACGCGUAGGCCAUAGCCCGAAACGGAAGGACAGCGAGCCUUUCAUACUGAUCAAUGUGAAGUAUCAGAGCAACAAAGACUGGCGUGGUGUACGUGAACAGAUUGUAUCUAUUCUGGAUGACUUCAAUGUUCCAAUGGUGGGUGUUCUCAUUCUGAAAGGUAGGAUGUGGGGAGGACGUUCGGGUCUUAAAGGUGAAUAA